AUGUUUACGUUAAUCCUCCUUCUCGUGGCGUCUAGUUUAACAUCGGCGGAAUUGUUUUUCUCUUCUGACUUAAGCGUCGUCAACAACACCUUGCCGGCUGAACAGUUUUUUAUUGAAAAAAUUUUCGAUAAAUACGGAGCGGAUGGAGUUAUAAAUUUCGAGGGAUUUGAACACCUUUUAGACAGCCUGGGUCUUGGUGGGCGAGUUUUCAAUUCACCACAUGACAUCGCCAUUCACAGAAUCAAUGGCACCUUCAAACAACUGCACGACACGCAGCAUCGUCAUAAGAGAUCGCCUACGUCUCCUACAUCUAUACUCAAGAAAUCAUGUUUAUCACCAAGAGAGAUACUCACCGUAUACGGAAUGGAGAAAGAACCCGGAAUAAUUACUAUCAAUCCGAAGACAUUUUUGGAGAUGUGCCCUGCUCUAGUAUACCAGUUAGACCAACGCUCGUGUUUUAAAACGGAUGCACCUGUACCGAAAUUGGAUAGGAUUUGGACUUGGAUAUAUGCAACUCUUGCCAUCCUGGUCAUCAGCGCAACUGGUUUAGUGGGAGUUGCGAUUGUGCCAAUGAUAAAAUCCUCCGUAUUCAGUCACGUCCUGCACUACCUCAUCGCAAUCGCCAUCGGCACACUAUGCGGUGACGCCUUGCUUCAUCUUCUACCUCAUGCCUUAAAAUCCCACGGUUCCCCGAACGAACCACAGGAAGAAACUGAAACAGUCCUUAAAUGUAGCGUGACAUUUUUAACAAUUCUACUGUUCUACACCGUUGAAGCCGUUAUGCAAUCGAUCAACGGUGGGCAUUCUCACUCUCAUGAGCACGUCAAAACAGUCGAAGAGGAGAAAGUCGAGUCCGCGAAACAGAUAGAGUCCAUCGAACUCGGAGCAAUAAUGCCUGGGUCACCGAAUCCGCCAGUCGAACGGCCCAUGACGUCAACAGCACUCAUGGUGAUAGUAGGCGAUGGAUUGCAUAACCUAACCGAUGGCCUCGCUAUUGGUGCGGCGUUUAGUGGGGAUCCUGUAACUGGCUUCGCCACAGCUUUGGCUGUGUUUUGCCACGAAUUGCCCCAUGAACUCGGAGACUUUGCAGUGCUUCUACGCUCGGGUAUGAGUAUAAAACGAGCGAUGUAUUAUAAUUUACUUUCCUCCGUGCUUAGUAUCAUCGGUAUGGCUAUUGGCAUAUGGCUCGCGGAAGACCAUGAAUCGGCCUCCGAAUGGAUAUAUGCUGCGACAGCCGGCACGUUCUUUUACAUAGCAUUAGCUGAUUUAGUUCCUGAAAUAAACGAGAACAACAUGGGUCGUCCUCUUAACUUAGUAAUCGCUGUAUUGGGUAUACUGACUGGCGGGAUCAUCAUGCUACUGAUUGCUUUGCACGAAGACUCCAUUCAAUACUUAUUUAGAAGUGCCGAACAAUGA